AUGGGCCUUCGGCUGGCCUUGUCCCUCCUGGCUUUCCAUCUGGUGACCUGCAUAUUGCAUUCGCCGGAGAUCCUGCGGAGCAAUGCCACGAUCUUGGCCUUCGGUGACUCGCUGACGGCCGCCGGGGCCGGCAGCAUUCCUUACGGAGUCUUCUUGGCCGAGAUCCUGGGAGCCCAGGUGGAGGUCCUGGGCGUCUGGGGCGAGACGUCCGAGAGGAUGCGGCAGCGUUUGACGAGGUUUCACGGUGCAAAAGCCCCAAGUGACCUGCCUGACGUGGUUCUGUUGCUGGGUGGCACAAACGACCUUAGCCAGGUGCCCGUGGCAGUCACGAUUUCAAACAUGAAGGCCAUGCACGAGCUUGCUGCCUCCUGGGGCGCCGUCGUCGGGGUGCUUGCUUUGCCGCGUUUCGUCAAUCCCAAGGUGGGUUCGGCCAAAACGCUCUUCGCGGUGAAUCAUGCCCUGGCCGAGCUUGAAGAAACCUACGGCUUUCCUUCCUUCUUCGUGAACUUAACCGAAGUCUCAUCCAGGCACUUGUACGACCGUCUGCACUUCACAUCGGAUGGGUACCUGAUCAUGGCAGAGAUGAUUGCAGAGAAAGUCUGGCCCUGGCUGUCGACUCUGUAG